AUGGAAGCCAAGACGUUAAUAGAUGACCUAACAAAGCUGUGGGAGAAAUCUCUUUUCACAGACUGCUCCCUAUUGGUAGGUGACCAUGAAUUCAGGGCUCACAAGGCCAUCCUAGCAGCUCGCUCUCCAGUUUUCAGAGCCAUGUUUGAACAUGAAAUGCAGGAGAGACUAACCAACCUUGUGAAGAUCCCUGACCUGGAUCCUCAGGUCUUCAAGGAGAUGAUGGACUUCAUCUACACAGGGAAGGCACCACACCUCAACAGCUACCCUAUGGCCACUGGUGUGCUGACAGCAGCUGACAAGUAUGGCCUGGAGGAAUUGAUGGUCAUGUGUGAGCAUGCCCUAUGCAGGAUCCUCUCUGUGGAGAAUGCUGCACACACUCUCAUCCUGGCUGACCUCCACAGCAGAAAGAAUCUAAAGACCCAGGCUCUGAAUUUCAUUGCAUUUCAUUCCUCUGAGGUCUCUGAGACCUCGGAGUGGAAGUCAAUGUUGGAGUCACAUCCCCACUUGGCAGCUGAAGCCUUCCACUCCCUGGAUUCUGCACAGAAUAUUUUCUUUGAGCCCUCACUCAAACGCCUAAAGAGAUUUUAG